AUGGUUACUUUGACUCCAUAUUAUGCGCAGGCCAAUGGACAAGUCGAGGCAGCAAAUAAAAUAUUGAUCAUUUUGAUCAAGAAACAAAUUGGUAGUAGACCUCGAACUUGGCAUAAAACUUUGAGUCAAGUAUUGUGGGCCUAUCAAAAUUCACCAAGAGGGUCAACAAGUACUUCUCCUUAUAAAUUGGUGUAUGGACAUGAUGUAGUUUUACCAUUAGAGAUUAAUCUCAAUAUGUUGAGAAUUUUGAGGCAAGAUGACUUGCCAGUUGAUGAUUAUUGGAAUGCAAUGUAUGAUAAGUUGAAUGAUUUAGACUCAGAACACAUUUUGGCACUCGAAAAUAUGAUUCAACAAAAAAAAGUGUUGCUCGAAAUUAUAAUCGUCGAAUAA